AUGGGCUCAAAAGGGCUUGCACACCGCUCUUUGGACAAAGUUUCGAGCUCAAAGGUGCGUGUCGAAUUUGCGUCGCCACGCCAGUCGAUCCAGCCGGGCGGCACUGCAGACCGGCACUCCUCAGCAGGCGACCAGCUCGCCAUCCAAUGCGGCACCGCACUGCCAAAUUCCAGCUUGUCGCGGCUCAGUGGCAGUCGAAAAUUAGUCACGUCUUCAGAAGAUCCAGCCAGCGAGGAACCGGUGACCAUGGCUGCGACAGGCUCCCAGACGCCGAGCCAAGGUACGUUGCCCUCGCACCAGCCUCUCGCACAUGCUACUCAGUAUACUGACAUGCUUGGCCAUCGACUCGCUUUGGACGACGCAGAGCACGACAGACAGCUUGGCUCGGCUGCCACAAUAUCGUAUUCAGCAGCAAGUCCAUCCGCCGCCGCACUGCAGGCGCUCGAGCAGUACAAGAAGAAGGACUCGUCCAAAGUCGUCGUGCGCUUCAAGGCGAUCGGCAACGCUCCCAUCAUGAAGACCAACUACUUUCGCAUCACCGCAUUCAACCGCUUCCAAGCAGUCAUCCAGUUCCUGCGCAAGGAGCUCAACUUUAAGCCCACCGACUCUCUCUUCUUGUACAUCAACGCCUCGUUUAGCCCUGCACCCGACGACACUGUGGGCAAUCUAUACAGAUGCUUCGGCACGGAAAACCACCUUAUAGUCAAUUACAGCACCACCGCCGCCUGGGGUUAG